GAUCGAAAGAACAUGUUUGGAUGUUUUGGAAAACUAAAAGGUAUUUAGUAGCGGUAUUAGCCUUAUUUGGAUUCUUCAAUGUUUAUGCACUCAGAGCUAACUUGAGUAUAGCUAUAGUUGACAUGACCCAAUUAAAAAAUGUAACUUUGGAAAAUGGUACCAUAGUAUUGAAAAGAGAAUUUGAUUGGGAUUCUAAACUUCAAGGAUACAUUUUGAGUUCAUUUUUCUAUGGUUAUUUAACUACACAAUUUCUUGGCGGAUAUUUAGCGGUGAAAUUUGGUGGAACAAAUAUUUUCGCUAUUGGAAUAGGAGUGACAGCUCUACUUACAGUUUUCACGCCCCUGUUAGUUAAAGCGAAUGUUUAUUUAUUGCUGGUUGUUAGGAUAGUAGAAGGCAUUUUUGAAGGUGUAACAGUUCCCGCUAUACAAGCCGUUUGGGCAUUAUGGUCACCACCUCUAGAAAGAAGUCGUUUAGUCACAAUAUCUUAUUCAGGCUGCUGGGUGGGUACGGUGGUUGCUAUGCCAGUUUGUUCACUACUGGCAUCUUCUCUAGGAUGGGAAAGCAUAUUUUAUGUUUUCGGAGCAGUAGGAUUACUUUGGUGUGCAAUUUGGACAACAUUUGUGUCCGAUACACCAGUUAAAGAUAAAUCGAUCAGUUCUAAGGAACGAGAAUACAUUUUAAGUUCAAUUAAAGCUAGUAAUGGGGAUAUAGAAGAAAUUCAUAAAAUACCGUGGUGGUCGUUUCUUAUGUCAAGACCUCUAUGGACGAUUGCAGUGGCGUUCUUCUGUGAAACGUGGGGAUUUUAUACGCUUCUUACGUAUUUACCGAAAAUAAUGAAAAAUGUGUUGGGUUUCGACCUAAAUUCAGCAGGAUUUAUGUCCGCACUGCCAUAUUUAGCCAUGGCUAUAAUAAUGCAGUUAGCAGGUCAACUAGCCGAUCGUUUAUUGAUUAAAAAAGUGCUCACAACCACACAAGUUCGAAAACUACUUACUUGCGUAGGAUUUUUGUCGCAGGCCAUUUUUAUUUUGGGGGCUGGUUUUUGGUUAACAACUGCCGGGACGACUUUCUGUCUAGUCAUGGUUGUUGGACUCGGAGGCUUUUCUUUAACAGGAUUUGGAGUUAAUGCUUUAGAUAUUGCUCCAAAAUAUGCGAGCAUCAUAAUAGGAAUAAGUAAUACAUUUGGAACAGUACCAGGUAUUUUGAGUCCUAUUUUAACAGGUUAUCUAGUCACUCAUGAGGAUAACAUAGACGAAUGGCUUAUAAUUUUUUAUAUUUCUGCCGCGUUAUAUAUUUUUGGAGCUAUAUUUUAUGGAUUAAAUGCUUCUGGAGAACUUCAACCUUGGGCUAUGAACGAGAAUAAAGAUAUAAAAAAUUCAGUACAAUUAAGCUAUGCAAAAGAAGAAAAUGAGAAAGACAUGGAAGCUGAAAUAAAACACUAGACUAAUGA